GGACAGAGAGAGGCAGAGACCUAGGGAGAUGAAGAAGCAGCCUUCUCGCAGGGAGCCCGACGCGGGACUUGAUCUCUGGACCCAGGAUCACACCCUGGGCUGAAGGCAGAUGCUCAACCACUGAGCAACCCAGGGCUAAUUAUUUAGAUGGUAAAGAAUUUCAACAUUCCUGGGGACUUCUGCAAAGAAUCUUUUUCAGUUUUGCUCAAGAGGAAGUUCUGAAUCUAUCAAGUAGCUCUUAAAGAAGUCCUUUGUGUGGGUUAUAAAUAUAGAUGUUUUCAUGAAGAGAAGUGAAAAGCCAGAAGGAUAUAGACAAAUGAGGCCUAAGACUUUUCCUGCCAGUAACUACACUGGCAGUAGCCGGCAGAUGUUGCAAGAAAUUCGGGAAUCCCUUAGGAAUUUAUCCAAGCCAUCCGAUGCUGCUAAGACUGAGCAGAACGUGAGUAAAAUGUCAACCGAAGAUCCCCGACAAGUCAGAAAUCCACCGAAAUUUGGGACGCAUCAUAAAGCCUUGCUGGAAAUUCGAAACUCUCUACAACCAUUUGCAAAUGAAACAAGUCGAAGUACUUCAGAAGUUAAUCCACAAAUGCUUCAAGAUUUGCAAGCUGCUGGAUUUGAUGAGGAUAUGGUUAUACAAGCUCUUCAGAAAACGAAUAACAGAAGUAUAGAGGCAGCAAUUGAAUUCAUUAGUAAAAUGAGUUACCAAGAUCCUCGCCGGGAACAGAUGGCCGCAGCAGCUGCCAGACCUAUCAAUGCCAGCUUGAAACCAGGGAGUGUGCAACAAUCAGUUAACCGCAAACAAAGCUGGAAAGGUUCCAAAGAAUCCUUAGUUCCUCAAAGACAUGGCCCUCCACUAGGAGAAAGUGUGGCCUAUCGUUCUGAAAGUCCCAACUCGCAGACCGAUGUAGGAAGGCCUUUGUCAGGCUCUGGUAUAACAGCAUUUGCUCAAGCUCACCCUAGCAACGGACAGAGAGUAAACCCCCCACCACUUCCUCAAGUAAGGAGCGUCACUCCUCCACCACCUCCCAGAGGCCAGACUCCUCCUCCAAGAGGUACAACUCCACCUCCUCCAUCUUGGGAACCAAACUCUCAAACAAAGCGGUAUUCCGGGAACAUGGAAUACGUAAUCUCCAGAAUCUCUCCUGUUCCACCUGGAGCCUGGCAGGAGGGUUAUCCUCCACCACCUCUGAAUGCAUCCCCAAUGAAUCCUCCGAAUCAGGGACAGAGAGGCAUUAGUUCUGUUCCUGUUGGCAGACAACCAAUCAUCAUGCAGAGUUCCAACAAAUUUAACUUUCCACCAGGAAGACCUGGAAUUCAGAAUGGUAGUGGUCAAACUGAUUUUAUGAUACACCAAAAUGUUCCUGCUGGCACUGUGAAUCGGCAACCACCCCCUCCAUAUCCUCUGACCCCAACUAAUGGACAAAGCUCUUCUGCUUUACAAACAGGGGGAUCUGCUGCAUCUUCAUCAUAUACAAAUGGAAAUAUUCCCCAAUCUAUGAUGGUGCCAAACAGAAACAGUCAUAACAUGGAACUUUAUAACAUUAAUGCACCUGGACUGCAAACAACUUGGCCUCAGUCAUCUUCUGCUCCAGCCCAGUCAUCCCCAGGCAGUGGGCAUGAAAUCCCCACAUGGCAACCUAACAUACCAGUGAGGUCAAAUUCCUUUAAUAACCCAUUAGGAAAUAGAACAAGUCAUUCUGCUAAUUCUCAGCCUUCAGCUACAACAGUCACUGCUAUUACACCAGCUCCUAUACAACAGCCUGUGAAGAGUAUACGUGUUUUAAAACCGGAGCUACAGACUGCAUUAGCACCUACACACCCUUCUUGGAUACCACAGCCAAUUCAGACAGUUCAGCCUAGUCCUUUUUCUGAGGGUACCACUUCAAAUAUGACUGUUAUGCCUCCUGUUGCUGAAGCUCCAAACUAUCAAGGUCCACCUCCACCUUAUCCAAAACAUCUACUACACCAAAAUCCAUCUGUUCCUCCAUAUGAAUCAAUCAAUAAAUCUAGCAAAGAGGAUCAGGCAAGCAUGCCUAAGGAAGAUGAGAGUGAAAAAAGUUAUGAAAAUGUUGAUGGUGGGGAUAAAGAAAAGAAACAGAUUACAACCUCACCUAUCACCGUUAGGAAAAACAAGAAAGAUGAAGAGCGAAGGGAAUCUCGUAUUCAAAGUUAUUCUCCUCAGGCAUUUAAAUUCUUUAUGGAGCAACAUGUAGAAAAUGUACUCAAAUCUCAUCAGCAACGUCUACAUCGUAAAAAACAAUUAGAGAAUGAAAUGAUGCGGGUUGGAUUAUCUCAAGAUGCGCAGGAUCAAAUGAGAAAGAUGCUUUGCCAAAAAGAGUCUAAUUACAUCCGUCUUAAGAGGGCUAAAAUGGACAAGUCUAUGUUUGUGAAGAUAAAGACACUAGGAAUAGGAGCAUUUGGUGAAGUCUGUCUAGCAAGAAAAGUAGACACUAAGGCUUUGUAUGCAACAAAAACUCUUCGAAAGAAAGAUGUUCUGCUUCGAAAUCAAGUUGCUCAUGUUAAAGCUGAAAGGGAUAUCCUGGCCGAAGCUGAUAAUGAAUGGGUAGUUCGUCUGUAUUAUUCAUUCCAAGAUAAGGACAAUUUAUACUUUGUAAUGGACUAUAUUCCUGGGGGUGAUAUGAUGAGCCUGUUAAUUAGAAUGGGCAUCUUUCCAGAAAAUCUGGCACGAUUCUACAUAGCAGAACUUACCUGUGCAGUUGAAAGUGUUCAUAAAAUGGGUUUUAUUCAUAGAGAUAUUAAACCUGAUAAUAUUUUGAUUGAUCGUGAUGGUCACAUUAAAUUGACUGACUUCGGCCUCUGCACUGGCUUCAGAUGGACACAUGAUUCUAAGUACUAUCAGAGUGGUGAGUAAAAUCAUAAAAUUUGUACAUAUUAAUAUGAUUUAUUAAUGCAAUAAGAUAUAAGAUGGUAUUACCACUGGAUGGAAGCCAGAAGUCUUGAUUCUAGGUCUUAACUGUUGGAUAAAUGUGAGUGAAUCCUUUAGACAUCUAGACUUAUGAAAUGAAAGAAUAUGUUAGAUUCAGUUAUUUCUAAAUAUCAUUAACAUUACUGAGUUCACCUCUUGAUGUUUUCUCAAUUUGAAAUAUGUCAGACAAAUAACAUUUUAAAAAUAAUUUUGAAAUGAAGCCCCAUACCUGCCAUUCAGCUUAAGAACCAGAUCAUCAGGGCAGCCCGGGUGACUCAGUGGUUUAGUGCCGUAGUGCUGCCUUCAGCCCAGGAUGUGAUCCUGGAGCCCGGGGAUCGAGUCCCACGUCGGGCUCCCUGCAUGGAGCCUGCUUCUCCCUCUGCCUGUGUCUCUGCCUCUCUCUCUCUGUGUCUCUCAUGAAUAAAAAAAAAAAAAAAAAAA